UCAAAUCAAAACCCUAACCCGGGGUUUCUCUGUAAGCUAAGCUGUGAUAUUACUCAAAGAGAGGGAUUCGCCGCUCGUGCUGUCAACAUGCCGCAAGGUGAUUACAUUGAGCUUCAUCGGAAGCGACAUGGCUACCGACUGGAUCAUUUUGAGCGCAAGCGCAAGAAGGAGGCGCGUGAAGUUCACAAGCGCUCUGAAAUUGCCCAGAAGUCUUUGGGUAUAAAGGGCAAGAUGUUUGCUAAGAAACGAUAUGCUGAGAAGGCGCUGAUGAAGAGAACAUUGGCUAUGCAUGAAGAGUCAUCAAGUCGGAGAAAGGUGGAUGAUGAUGUUCAUGAGGGAGCUGUUCCAGCCUAUUUGCUUGAUCGUGAAAACACGACAAGAGCUAAGGUUCUGAGCAACACUAUAAAACAAAAAAGAAAAGAGAAAGCUGGAAAAUGGGAGGUACCUCUACCCAAGGUUAGGCCUGUGGCAGAAGAUGAAAUGUUUAAAGUGAUCAGAACUGGUAAACGAAGAACCAAGCAGUGGAAGAGGAUGGUCACUAAGGCUACGUUUGUUGGACCAGGUUUUACAAGAAAACCUCCAAAGUAUGAGCGUUUCAUUCGCCCAUCAGGGUUGCGUUUUACAAAAGCUCAUGUAACACAUCCUGAGCUCAAAUGCACCUUCAACCUUGAGAUCAUUGGAGUGAAGAAAAAUCCUAAUGGCCCAAUGUAUACCUCUCUGGGUGUUAUGACUAAGGGAACAAUCAUCGAGGUGAAUGUCAGUGAAUUGGGUCUGGUCACUCCAGCUGGAAAAGUCGUGUGGGGGAAAUAUGCUCAAGUGACAAAUAACCCAGAGAAUGAUGGUUGUAUAAAUGCAGUUUUGCUUGUUUAAGAGAGGAUUGUUGACUAUUGAGAACACUUAACAUGUGGGGGCCAAUGCAUGUUUUUGUGAAGACCUAACUCCUUUCCUUUUCUAUAUUGUAUCUAUAAACUUUUGUCACCUUCGAAAUGUCUCUUAUCAAAGAAGUCACCAGUCAGUUCUAAUUGUAACAAGAGAUGAAUAUUAUAUCCUUGGAAUGGAUGUUUCAAUUUUGUUUUACACUGUUGAUGGUAAAAUUUGUAAACUCUGCUUUCCAAUUA